AAAAAAGUCGUAGUGCUAGCACGAGGAACUAACUUAGUUGUUUUUAUUAACCUGUCGGUCACCGUUGUGUGCAGCGCUGUCAAGUGCGGGCUGCAACACGAGUAAGUAAAGGGAUGUGCGAUAAGCGCACACAAUGCCUAACUUGUUAUACAAAACCAAUGUGAAUGAACAGCCAGGUUGAAAUGAGAAAGUUUUCACCAAAAGCUGUUGACGGACCCGACCCUGUAUCUGGCAAAGCGCAGGGGACAUUCUGCUAUGCCGCCAGACAACCAACUUUUGAAGGUGCUAGCUACGGCCAGUGGUCUGCCAGCACUAAAACCAGACAACAAAAACACUGAGCGCAGACUUCCGAGAAGAAAACGAGAAUGAAUUAAUGUUCUGAAGAAAAAGUGGAUAACAAACAGAAACAUCUUUCGACAAGAAACAGAGAUGACAGCCGGUCUGGAAAAAGCUUGUCACAGGUGCAUUUCUAAGAUUGCCAGCAAUGCUUGCCUGAUAUUUGGACUUCUUGCCUUCCUCGUCUGGCCCCUCACUAUGGCCUUUGUGGGAAUGAAAUAUUUGGAAUACUGCCCUAUCCAGCCACUGAUUCCCUUGUAUUUGCUGGUCGGAGGAAUUAUUGGAAGCUUAAAGGUGCUAUUUCUGCUCUAUGACUCCGCAAAGAUGAGGUCACUUCUUUCCAAGUCAGUUGUCAUAGACGAUGAUGAUGACGAUGAUGAGUAUCCAUGGCGACAGAAUGCCCACAAAUACUACAUCCACGUCACUCUUAGCCUGUUCCUCUUCAUCUGGUUCAUUCUGGGAAACUACUGGGUGUUCUCUGUCUAUAAACCUAACUUCAUCCAUCCAUUCCACCAGCCCCAGGAUUACUGUGAUAAAACCCUGUACAUCUUCGCGGUCGGUGUUCUUGUCAUGAGUUACACUGUGCUUGCUCUCCUCCUUCUGUCCACAUGCAUCCUCUACUGCUUCUCAGAACCGACAACCACUGCAGAAUAUGACUGAAAAAAAUACAAGGAUGUGACCACCAAGCAAUUGUAGGUUUUUGUGGUGAUAAGAAACAAAGAUACCAGAGAAGCAGUAGUGGAAAAGCUGGCAAAAGGUUAUCUUUCAUUUCUGUACAUCCUUGAGGGCUGUAAUGGCAGACAUGUCAAGUCACACCAACUUUUUUGGUGUCUAUUUUAACACUCCUAAAGGUAUUCCUAAAACUUGAUCCUGUUUAUUUGUUUAAGUCUCACUUAUUUGGAAGGUCUGACAACAGGUUGCGGCCCUUGUUGUAAUUUUCACUUGCAUCCAGUUUAACAGUAUAGAUUUGUUUACUGCACACAGUUUGAGGACAAAUGAGAGCUUACAUACACAGGUUAAUCAUCUUAACAAUCAGUUAACACAUAAUUGACUGUUUACCAAGUAUAUUUAGGUAUUUCCUCAUUUGUUUGCAGGCUGAAUGCCUUCCAGCCCUAAAGGCCUUUGGGGAAACAUAUUUCAUUUAUUUAUUUCAGCAGAUCGCUGUAGUCACACUAUGCUGGGAACAAAGUUUUGUUUACAUAUUCUGACUCCCAGCUGUUUGACUGCAUGAAGCUGUGAUCUCGGUUUUUACAGAAAUGGUAAAAAGACAUUUAAUAUAUAUUUAGUUUUUUUUCUCCUGUGAAUGGGGUAGUUUUAUUAUAUGACAGACUGUGCAGAUGGUACACACAUAUGUAUGUCACACUAGCUGUACAUAACAGAUAUGACUGGCCAGUGGAGAAUAUAUAUCUCAUACUUGAAUAGUAAAAAUUAAUAUAGGGCUGCAUUUAUAUUGUGAAGAUGAUGCCUAAGUAUGUUAAUUGUGGUAUAUGUAACUAUGCUAAUAAUACUUUUGUUUUUGUAAUGUACUG